AUGAGGGGUAUCUCUAGUCUGAUUGAUACGGAUAUGGAUGAUUCUACGCGGUUCGUUGAUGAGAAUAUGAUCAUCUCCAGUGCGUCCGAAAGUGAGCUACCAAAAAAGAAAGCCGCUCAGCCUAAGGCCGCAGAUAGUCGCGUCAGCAAGCCGAAGGCGGCGCCUCGAAAACCGAAAGCAGUCAAAGAGGAUGGUGCGAAGAAAGCUGUGGGCAAGGCAACUGGCACAAAACGGAAAGCACUGGAAGAACAGGUCAAUGGGGAAUCUCAACAGGCCAGCAAAAAAAUCUCUCGAAUUCCUGUUGCGCAAUCAGAUGAUGAGUUGGAUGGAGUGACAGGCCCCGAGAGACCAAAGCAGGAAGUCAGUCAAAAAGCAAAGAGGAAGCCAAGAGCAAAGAAGGACACGGUAGCACAUGGCGAUGAUUCUGGCCACGGUCCGCUAGCUGUGCAACACACUCAAGCGCAGACGGGCAGUAAGAAACCCAAAGUUACCCAGAAAGUUAUCGCCGAUGAUCCACAUCCAAUAGUGCAGGAGGUCGAUAAUAUCGUUGAGGCGUACGCAGAAUGCAGCCCUCAACGUCCUGUGAAGAAAUCUGUAGGCAGCGCAUCCCAAUCCCGUCAAGAGAACGUAGUCCGAAGAAAGGCUGGAGGUUCUUCUGACACAGAACGAGGUGGUGGUGACCCCAACCUGCGACGGAAGCUGGGCGACGUAACAAGAAAGUUCGAAAACAUCGACUUGAAAUAUCGCAACCUCAAGGACGUGGGUAUUGUGGAGGCGAAUGCCAAUAUGGAAAAGCUCCGGAAGCAGUGCGAAGCCACCACAUCAGCAUCGGCAGAGCUAAUUGAGUCCCUUAAGAAGGAACUUGCAAUGCAAAUGCCUCUGGCGCAUGACGCUCGGCAGCUGCAAAUUGACUUGCAGAAUUCCAAGCAGGAAGCCACCAAGUAUCGCUCUGAAGUGACCGAUUUGGAAUCGUCUCUUAUGGCUGCGCAGAACGAGAUCAAGGCGCUACAAGCCAAGCUUGCUGCAGCAAGAAGCUCAGCGACAUCGGUUGAGAGCGCGACGGCUAGGACACCAGGCAGCGCAAUGAAAAAUAGCAAUCAAGCAAGAACUAUCAUGGUUGGUAGCGCAGAAGCGGCUCAAGCGGCUCAAGCGGCACAGUUGAAAGAAGACCUGUACAGCGAUCUGACUGGACUCAUCAUUCGAAGCGUAAAAAGGGCAGAUGAAGGCGAUGCUUAUGACUGUAUCCAAACUGGUCGCAAUGGUACACUCCAUUUCAAGCUCGUUGUUGAAACCGAAGGCGAUGGGCGAACGACAAGCUUCGAGGACACCGAAUUUUUGUACACGCCUCUGCUUGAUUCGAACCGCGAUAAAGACAUGAUAGAACUGCUCCCUUACUAUCUGAAGGAAGACAUUACGUUCAAUCGCCAUCACGCUGCGAAGUUCUACAGCAGAGUGGUGGACGCUUUGACAAAGAAGCCGACGGAUGAUGAGUAA